AUGCCGCCAGACGACCCUGGUGACGCUCCCGAGAGACAAGAUGAUGAACAAUCAGCGGAGGGAGGCUCGAGUGGGGGUGUUGAUGAGGAGUGGAUCCGAAAACUGGUAGAUGGCGUAGUGGCGAAAAUCCCAAGCGCGGGAGGGACUUCUGCAAUGGAGACUGAUGUGACGGAGGACGGGUCGGGCCAGCCACCGAAUGCUAAUUCCGGACCUGCGGAGGUGCCUGAGGAAGACCCACAGCGGGACACCUGGGGAUCAAGCCCUCACAACCAUGACUCGCCAGCGGGCAACAAGAUGGCUAUCGACAAGACAACACCUCCAUGCCCCCGUACAACCCCCGACCCAUUGGUUCCUGAAACCAACGGCCUGCUCGCUCGCCCAAACAACGACAAAGAAGAAAUUGUGCCUCCGGCGGCCACACACUCUGCUGCACAUGCCCUGGAACCGCAGCCUGCCAACCCGGCUGAUCAGGAUGCCCAGCCCUCGACGGUGAGUAAUAAUGCCGGCCAUGCACCACCUGCGCCCACCUCCGCCACGCAAGGCACUGCGCCUGCAGACUCUAUGGAGAAGGGCCAAGAUGACACCAGCACCGACAUGUCUGUCUCGUGA